UCCAUUUCUGUCUCUGUGUUUCUGUCUCCUUAUCUGUCUGUAUGUUGACUAUCUCUGCCUCUUUCCUCCUUUCUCCCUCCCUUCCCCAUCCCCUGGCCUCUCCCUGUCUCCUUCUCUCCAUCUGCCUUCAUUUCCAGGGCCUAGGGAAGGUAAGUCCCAGGGGAGAUGGAAAGGAGGGAUCUCACUCUCUCCUCAGCGAUGUCCUCUCCCACUUUGCCCUCCACACGCCAGCAGCUGCCUUCACCAUGGACAGCAUAAGCACAGCCAUCUUACUCCUGCUCCUGGCUCUCGUCUGUCUGCUCCUGACCCUAAGCUCAAGAGAUAAAGGAAAGCUGCCUCCAGGACCCAGACCCCUCCCAAUCCUGGGAAACCUGCUGCUGCUUCGCUCCCAAGACAUGCUGACUUCUCUCACUAAGCUGAGCAAGGAGUAUGGCUCCAUGUACACAGUGCACCUGGGACCCAGGCGGGUGGUGGUCCUCAGCGGGUACCAAGCUGUGAAGGAGGCCCUGGUGGACCAGGGAGAGGAGUUUAGUGGCCGCGGUGACUACCCUGCCUUUUUCAACUUUACCAAGGGCAAUGGCAUCGCCUUCUCCAAUGGGGAUCGAUGGAAGAUCCUGAGACGGUUCUCUAUCCAGAUUCUACGGAAUUUCGGGAUGGGGAAGAGAAGCAUUGAGGAGCGAAUCCUAGAGGAGGGCAGCUUCCUGCUGGCGGAGCUGCGGAAAACUGAAGGCGAGCCCUUUGACCCCACGUUUGUGCUGAGUCGCUCAGUGUCCAACAUUAUCUGUUCCGUGCUCUUCGGCAGCCGCUUCGACUACGAUGAUGAGCGUCUGCUCACCAUUAUCCGCCUUAUCAAUGACAACUUCCAAAUCAUGAGCAGCCCCUGGGGCGAGUUGUACAACAUCUUCCCGAGCCUCCUGAACUGGGUGCCCGGGCCGCACCAACGCAUCUUCCAGAACUUCAAGUGCCUGAGAGACCUCAUCGCCCACAGCGUCCACGACCACCAGGCCUCACUAGACCCCAGAUCUCCCCGGGACUUCAUAGACUGCUUCCUCACCAAGAUGGCAGAGAAGAAGGAGGACCCGCUGAGCCACUUCCACAUGGAUACCCUGCUGAUGACCACACAUAACCUGCUCUUUGGCGGCACCGAGACGGUGGGCACCACGCUGCGCCACGCCUUCCUGGCACUCAUGAAGUACCCGAAAGUUCAAGCCCGCGUGCAGGAGGAGAUCGACCUCGUGGUGGGACGCGCGCGGCUGCCGGCGCUGAAGGACCGCGCGGCCAUGCCUUACACAGACGCGGUGAUCCACGAGGUGCAGCGCUUUGCAGACAUCAUCCCCAUGAACUUGCCGCACCGCGUCACUAGGGACACGGCCUUUCGCGGCUUCCUGAUACCCAAGGGCACCGAUGUCAUCACCCUCCUUAACACCGUCCACUACGACCCCAGCCAGUUCCUGACGCCCCAGGAGUUCAACCCCGAGCAUUUUUUGGAUGCCAAUCAGUCCUUCAAGAAGAGCCCAGCCUUCAUGCCCUUCUCAGCUGGGCGCCGUCUGUGCCUGGGAGAGUCGCUGGCGCGCAUGGAGCUCUUUCUGUACCUCACCGCCAUCCUGCAGAGCUUUUCGCUGCAGCCGCUGGGUGCGCCCGAGGACAUCGACCUGACCCCGCUCAGCUCAGGUCUCGGCAAUUUGCCGGGGCCUUUCCAGCUGUGCCUGCGCCCGCGCUAACGCCCCGGCCCUUCCAGAUUCGCCUGUGAGCGAUGAGGCCCACCCAUGUGGGUUGCUACGUCCCCUUCUUGGUCCACGGUCUGCCCCCAUCCCUCUGGCAGUCACGCUGUCUUCCCUGCAUGCUGUGCCUGCCGCGUGCCCUUCCCCCAUCCCUCCAAUCUGUACCCCGUCUGCAGGGCAGAGGCAGAUGUGGCAUGUCUUUUUGUACCCACAGAGCUUGUUCUAUGGCACGCCCUUUUCUGGGCUUUUUGUAUCAUUUCUUAGUACAUUUGUAAUAGAUUCAAACCAGUCUUGGCUGAAUUAAAGUGAGGAUGACAGUCAUUUAGGAUGGGGAGAAGGGAGCUGGCUGCAGAGAUGGAGACACUGGCUAGUUUUGCCCUCACCUUUAGGGUGGCUAGGGUGGGACAAAUUGUAUCCUGGAGACAGGCUUGAAGGUAAAGGCUGAGAGGACCUGAAGCCAGAGAGGCAGAGAAACCAAGACAGAGAAAAAGGCAGCAGGACCAGGCGAAGUGGCUCACACCUGUAAUCCCAGCACUUUGGGAGGCUGAGGUGGGAGGAUCGCUUGAACCCAGGAGUUUGAGACCGGCCUGGGCAACAGAGUGAGGCCUGACUCUACAAAAAGUCAAAAAGUGGGGCAGGAGGAU